UAUGAAUUUUAUAAAUGCCAAUAAAAAUGGACCAAAGCGUACCGAGUACAAUGUUAGUCUAGUCAUUAUUCUUAAAAUUUAUUUCUUUAUUGAACAAUAAUUCUCAUAAAUUUUUUUCAAUUCAAACCGAGCGGUUGCACACCUUAAUCACGAGUCACGACACACUAGUGUUUAACUUUAAAGUUUAGACCAUAACUGGUAACCAUGCUCCUUGCUGAGACUAUCGGGGAAAAUGGGCUUUGGUCGUAAUUAUGGUCCCUGCAUAUUACAUGGCAGGCUGAGUUAGUCUUUAAUUGGACCGAUCUAGUUAAAGACCCAUUACUCCAUUACUAUGGGGUCGGUUAGCAUGCUAACCCCCUAGGGGUUGGAAAAAUGACACCCCUAGUAUAUUAAAUACAACUAUAGAAUUUAAUACACACAUUAAAUACACAUUAGGAAUUAAAUAUACCAUAUUAAUUAGGAAUUCUCUCACUAUUAAAUACACAUUAGGAAUUAAAUACACACAUUAAAUACACAUUAGGAAUUCUCUCACUAUAUUUGAUUUUUCCUUUUUCAGCAGUCUCCGACCACCAGACUUCCUCCGACCGCCACACUUCUCCGGUGAAAAUCCAUCGGCAGACUCCCUCCGACCACCUCCAAAAAAUAUACCACUGCACUGAUACGUUGUACCACUGUACUGGUAGAUAUAUCACUGCACUGGUAGCGAUAUCAGUGCACUGGUAGCAAUGUUAUAUCUGAGUAUCAGUGCAGUGGUACAAAUACCAGUAAAGUGGUAAUUAAUGUGGUAUAUUUAAUGCUUACUUUGUAUUUAAUAACAGAACAUUUAUUAUGUUUACUUUCAUUAAUACUUGUCAAUAAUUAAUGAAAAACUGACAAAUUAAAGGGGUGUAAACAAACCAACCCUUAAGGGUUAGCAUGCUAACCCGUCCCUAAUACUAUGGGCCUUCUCAGAUCCACUGGAGUUCUUCUCUCAUUCCCACCGGCCCGUUAUUUCAGUCCUAUAAAUUCGAGAGCUCGGCCUGCUAAAGGGCAAAGAAAAUUUCUUGCUCCUCCAGUCCUCCUUGUUCCUGCGAGCGUUGGCGCUCUGUCUUUGUUAGCACAGACCCAUGUUGCAUGUCUUCCCUGCUCUGCAAAAAUGGCGUCCAGAACGAUACCCUCAUCUCCAUACUCGCCAGAUGCAGCUCAUUGCCACAGCUCAAGCAGAUUCACGCUUUGCUCAUCACUCUACGCCUCCCUCAGGCCGAUACAUUCGUCUCCAAAAUCGAGUCCUUCUCUGAACCCUCCAAUUCGAAUUGCCUGGACUACUGCUACCGGGUUCUCUCAAACCUCCCGAAUCCCGCUCCGACCUUCGCUUGGAAUGAAGUCAUACGAAGGUACUCCGGAACCAGAUUCCCAAACAGAGCACUCUCCGCUUUUGUCCAAAUGCUGCGAACUGGGGUUUCCCCUGACCAUCUCACGUAUCCUUUUCUUUGCAAGGCCUCGUCCCGCCUCUUCGAUCUGAAACCCGGCCUCUCAGUCCAUGCCCGAACUACGAAGGAAGGGUUCAAUUCGGAUAGAUAUAUUGCGAAUUCCAUGCUCCAUAUGUACGCAUCGUGUAGGGAUAUAGCUCAUGCACGCAUGGUGUUCGACGAAAUUCCUGUGAAGAACCUGGUCUCGUGGAAUUCGAUGGUGGAUGGGUAUGCCAAGUGUGGUAAUAUGGAAUUGGCGCGUCAGGUGUUUGAUUCAAUGCCUGAUAGAGAUGUCGUCUCGUGGAGCGCAUUGAUUGAUGGCUAUGUUAAAGCAGGGGAAUACAAAGAAGCCAUGGUAAUGUUUGACAAGAUGCAAGGGGUUGCCAAUACCAAAGCCAAUGAGGUAACCAUGGUGAGCGUUCUUAGCGCAUGUGCCCACUUGGGCGAGCUCGAGAAAGGCAGGGCGAUGCAUGACUACAUUACCCGCAACUCUUUACCGAAGACUCUGGUCCUGCAAACUUCUCUCGUCGACAUGUAUGCCAAAUGCGGAGCAGUGGACGAAGCUUUGAAGGUGUUUCGUGAGUUCCCUGUCCUGAAAACCGACGUCUUGAUCUGGAACGCCAUGAUUGGUGGGCUCUCCGCGCAUGGUUUGCUCGAAGAAGCUCUGCAUUUGUUCGCUGAGAUGCAAACAGCCGGGAUUAAACCAGAUGAGAUCACGUAUUUAUGCUUGUUGAGCGCUUGUGCGCAUGGAGGGUUGGUGAAGGAGGCAUGGUUCUUCUUUGAUUGCCUUGAGAAGCAUGGCAUGGCGGCCAAGAGCGAGCACUAUGCUUGCUUGGUGGAUAUGCUGGCUCGAGCUGGUCAGGUUGCAGAGGCGUAUGAGUUUGUGAGCAGAAUGCCUUUCGAGCCAACUCCUUCUAUGUUGGGCGCUCUCUUCAACGGGUGCUUGAACCACAAAAGGCUCGAUCUUGCGGAGAUAGUUGGGAGGAAGCUGAUAGAGAUGCAGCCUGAUAACGACGGGAGGUAUGUCGGAUUGGCAAAUGUUUAUGCUGAGGUGAGAAGGUGGGAUGAAUGUAGGGACACGAGAGGAGAGAUGGAGAGGAAAGGGGUGAAGAAAACUCGUGGGUAUAGUAUUGUGGUUUAGUUUGAUUUUGUUGAGAUUCAUGGUCGGUCUUGUAACCUCGUAUCCAUGUUUGUGUAGAUAUGGUAUAGAAAUAUAGAUAGACAUAUUAGUAGACAUAAAAUGAAGAAGAUCAA